UAAAAUUUUCAUGCCAGCCUAGCUCUCGCCGUCAUCAUGCAGAGGUGUGCUCUCUUUCAUCCACUCGCAAAUUUCGUGUGCCUCAUGCUUUUAGUGGGCCUUUUUAUGGGCCUGGUCAACCUAAAAAAGGAUUUGCGACGUCAGGGGACUAUUUUGGUAGAAAUAAGUAAGCGGCUGGAGCGAGCGGAGGCGGUUAUGGUGCAGAGACAACGAGUGGAGGCCGCGUUCAAAAUGCCGAAAAAUGACCGCGACAUAAUGGAAGGCGGGAUCGAGGGCCGGGUUAGCAGGCUCGAAGCCCGCAGCCAAAAGGCCCACGAGCUUUUACUUGGCUUCGUCUACUCUAGGGCUCCACCAGCUGUGCGCCACUUUUAUAUUUACCCGAGUGAUUUAGUUGAAGAACUGACUACUCUAGAUCAGGAUAGUCCUCAACUUGCAAUGCACAUACGGAAAAAUUUGUUUGCCUACCCACCGGUUCACAUUCUGCAAAAUAUGCUUCCGCCAAAGGACAUGUCAAGAGGCAACGGCCAAGUUUUACGACAUAUUUUCAAAGAUAUGAAACACGGAUUUUUCGUUGAAUGUGGUGCUCUCGACGGGCUUUCCUUGUCAAACACAUUUUAUCUGGAGCGUCUACUUGGUUGGACGGGUGUGCUUAUUGAGCCAGAACCGCAGAAUUUCUAUGAAGUUCUGAGGAAAAAAAGGAAUGUCCUAUCCAUUCCGACGUGCCUCAGCAGGUCAAAGAGACCACAGCUCGUCCCAUUCACGUUUGGAUGGUACGCAUAUGCAAAAAUCGAUACUCAGUCGCCGAUCAGCGAAAACACAAAUAACGUUCUGUGUGUUCCUUUCUACUCUAUUUUGAGGGCCAUCAAUCGCACAAACAUUGAUUUGUUUAGCUUGGAUAUUGAAGGGCACGAGUUGGACGUGUUAAGGACCAUACCAUGGGAUAAAGUGGACAUAAAGGUUUUAAUUGUUGAAUUCGCAAACAUCGAGGAAGGAAAGGACGCACUGGCCGCUUUUAUGAAACGACAAGGCUACGCGAUUUUUCCCAGUUCUCGCCAGGAAGAAAGUGUUGGCGGGUGGGCGCAAGAAGAUUACAUUUUUGUGAAAAAGGACGCCGGUCUGAAUGAGGAGUAGCCUAAAAAAGAAUGCACGCAAAAUUAAUUGCCACUAAUAUGGAUUCACGACGCGCGCACGACAUAACACAACCAAAAAAUCGGAAUUUAUCAGCCUGCUAACAACGCACUUUGCUACCGGUGGCGCAUGGCUGUUGCGCGGGUUGCGCGCCGCUCAGUUUUUAUGGCGAUUGCUCAGCGCGUGAUUCUUUUGAUAGUAACGCUGCGGCGACUGUGCGUUUUUGUUACUGUCCAUUAAUUUUGUACGUUGCCCUGCGAGUAGAUUUUUUAUCUUUAAGUGCAAAAAUAAAAAAUUUGUUCCCUCCACUUCAGCUGAAAAGUGUUGAAACCAUUUAAAAAUAUUCUUUAUUUUUAGUUAAUUCAAAAUUAAUAGACAAAAUGUA